UUUACAUUUGUGUAAACAAACUGCAGUGUAAAUAACAGAUCCCAUCUCUUUCUCUUCUAUGAUGCAUGGAUUCACAUUGCAAUCCCUUGGGUUUCUUCCUAACGUUUCUUUCAUUCUCACUCUUACUCUAUAACCCUCCGUCUCAACACAAAACCAAAUGUAAAACAAAGCUAUUUGUGCACAACUUGAAGGAAUGUUCUCAUUAUUCAUAAGGAAGUAUAAAGUCAGCAUCAUUUUUUCCUCUGUAGCUCCCAGUAAUAAAAUGCUCUCGACUGUUGAUAACAUUCACUGCUUUUAAAUUACUGCUACAACCCUCGUGGCACUUUGAAUAUAUGAAAAAGACUUCACAAUGGAAGACCAGUUUGCUCUAAGUACAGAUCAGGCAAGAAGGAAAGUGUUGAGUGUGAUAUAGCUGGGAAAGAGGCUGUACUUGUUAGACAUAGUGGAUUUGGCGUGGUGAGAGAGAGACAUACGGGCAGACCUAGAGAGGUCUAUGAGGACAUAGGCAUUUUAAGAUUGAGGGAAAGAGACCUUUCAUGAUGAUAACUACAACCGAAAACUGUGCCUUACCUCUGGUGGCAGCUGUGACCGUGCUGACCUGUCUGCUGCUGCAGGGGGCCCAGGCAGGAGUGGUGGGGGACUUCAACCAUGCAGAGCGCUGUAAGGACUCUCUGUACAUGGGCACUCCACCCCGAGGCUACCUCAGCAACUCCUUAAAGAAGAUCUGCCAGAGGUAUGAGGAUAAACCCCGUUAUGUCACCCUAUAUGACCCCCACAAACACAUCCCCAUCUAUUCUGCCUAUACGUUCAAGAAGUCAGACGGGGAGAAGAAGGUGGACUUCCCUUGGAUGUUUGAGCCCCAGUUGGCCUCGGAAAAGAGUAGCAGUAACAUGGAGUCUUUCCCCCAAUCUUCAAGCAUGCAUAUGAACUUUGAGGACACCCAGGCAGUCCUGGAGGACUAUGCUGAUGUGGUUCAGUACGAACGUGGCCAGCUAAAUCCUGACGAGCAUCAGGCUGACCCUCUGGACAAAGCCUCCACCUACAGCCUGACAAAUGUGGUACCCCAGAUCAGAGAGUUUAACUUGGGUCCCUGGGCGGAACACCAGGACCUCAUCCGCAAACGUCUCAACAACUACUGCCGUGGCAAAGCGUUUGUGGUCACCGGGGUCACCACCUCCGGGCACACCAUCCGUCGCAACAACCUGGAUCGGGUGGCUGUACCUGAGUACAUGUGGUCGGCCUACUGCUGCACCGAGUUUGACCAAAAUGCACCAUACUUUGUGCGCUACAAGUUCCCUGUGUUUGCAGCUUAUGGGCUAAAUGAUCGCGUCAACAACCACAUGGUGGAAGUUCCUCUAAAGAACCUGGAGAAAUUUCUCAAGGGGAGGAUGGAUGUGGACAAGAACUUUCAGAUUUUCUAUAAUGACUGUGUGCCAGAUAACUGAGAUAAAGUGGGUGUGAUGUCAGUUAUAAUUCAGGUGUGUUGCUGCUGCAGAAAGGUUGCUGCUCAAAACACACAUGUAACUAAGAUGUGCUGGCAAAUUAGAAUAUAUAUUGUAAGCAAUAAAAUGGGGAACUGAUUGGA